AUGCUCUGCAUAUGGCAAGCUUCCGGGAGCCAACUGGCGUCCAUUCCUGUGGAGAACGUGACGGACGUGCUGAGCUUGAAGCGGCACCUCGGCAGCCUCUGCGGCGUGUCGCGAUUUCGGCAGCGGCUCCUUCAGGAUGGUGAGGUCCUUAAGGAUGAUGUCCAGCUCGUUGCACCUGGAGACCUGCAGUUGGUACUGCUUCCCUUCUGCCACAGCAGCGACGGCCACAGAGACAGCGUGUGCAAGGCGAUUGCACGCGGCAGCGUGAACGGUGUCGAAGCCCUUCUCCAGGCUCCUCACGACCCUGUAGCAUUGUCAACGCGUAUGUGGACUCCUUUGGUCAUGGCCUGCCUGGCGCGAUCACCACAGAUCGUGCAGCUGCUCCUCGAGGCCAGGGCUGAGGUCGAUCGGGAAGCACAAGGCCAGACACCCUUGUUCGUCGCAGCAGCGAAAGGCAGCGUGGCUUGUUCGCAGCUCCUCUUAGACUCCGGCGCCGACAAGGACCUUGCUUGCCAGCGUGGCAAGACGCCCGUGGCUGCAGCUACCGAAGCAGGCCAUAUGGGGGUCCUGCGCUUGCUGUUGGAGGCCAGUGCCAGCUGCGACCCCAUCAGGAAUAUUGAGGGACUUCCAACAACUCCGCUUUACCUGGCUGUUGUGAAGGACAGGCCAGCCCUCGUGGACAUGCUGUUGAUUGCCAGGGCCGAUGCAGAUCGGGUUUGCGCGCGAGGAAAUACACCCCUUCAUGUGGCUUCUGAAAAAGGUUUGCUGGAAGCUGCGAGCUUGCUUCUGCAAGCCAGGGCGAGCACAGAUCGGGUCCGCGAAGCUGGGGAGACCGCCUUGCACUUGGCCGCAGCCCGCGGCCACGCGGGAGUGGUCCAGAAGCUGCUCGAAUACAGGGCCGACAAGGACAUGGUCUGUGCAUCCAAAGGUGCUACAGCCAUGGAGCUGGCGUCUGCUCGUGGCCACCACGAAGUUCUGCAGCUACUACUGGGGAGGACUCUGGCGCCCAUGCCAUUCGAGGCUUCUGCCGGCUCCGCUGCGGAGCCCCCAGCAUCGCGCAAGCGGGGCCCAAGUGUAUUCCGUAAGCCGGCAGCAAAGGCCAGGCACGCGCCUGCCUGA